GCAGUGCCCGCGGAGCGCAGCGAGGCUCCCGCCGGCAGCUGCGGUGCCCGGCACGCCGCUCUGCCCCGGGCGGGCGGCACCAUGAAGAGGAGAGCAGGGGAGCGGGAGAAAGAGCUGAAGAAAAAAAAGCUUCUUGAAGAACUUGGAGAGAAUAGACUUCCAUAUAUGACUCCAGCCGAUGACAAUUUCCACCAGUUGUGGAAAACCAAAUAUUCCAAGCUGAUUUUCCGAAAAUCUGAGACAGUACCUGAAGAGCUCCAUCAAAUGGUACAAAAAGGCUUUUUGACCUUGCGAGAACACGAUUGUUUCUUUCAAGAUCUUGUAAGGAUCAAAGGAAAAGAUUUCCUUACUCCAGUGUCUCGUAUAUUAAUUGGAAACCCAGGAUGCACUUACAAGUACUUGAACACAAGAUUGUUUACAGUUCCUUGGCCUACUGAAGGCUAUGAUAUAAAAUAUUGCAGUCCUCAGAUACAUGAUGCUUGUAAAGCAUUAAUCAGACUUAAUGACUACUUGCAUAUUGAAGCAGUCAAGACAUUACAAGGACAAAAUUUAUGUGAGACCAAAGAAGUUAAAGAUACCACUGUAAUAGAUAGGGAGCAAAGUUUUGCUACUUCUCUUACGGAGCAAGGGUCUGUUCCAAAAGAUCAAAGCGGUGUUUGUGUACCAGGGGAUGACUCCCUAAGUCUAAAGAACAGAACAUCUUAUAACGUGACUUUAUUAAAUUAUAUGGAUCCACUACAAAUGCUGUACUUGAAACAAGAACCUUAUUUUGGAAUGGGGAACAUGGCAGUGAGCUGGCACCACGACGAGAAUCUGGUUGAAAGGUCAACGGUUGCUGUGUACAGUUACAGCUGUGAAGAUUCAGCUGUUGGAGAAAGCAAUGAACAAGAACUGAAGGGAAGAGACCCAGCUGUUUGGCACGUAGGCUUGAAGGUAGCGUGGGACAUCGAGACACCUGGAUUAGCAAUACCACUUCACCAGGGAGACUUCUACUUGAUGCUUGAUGAUCUCAAUAUGACACAUCAGCACUGUGUUCUGGCUGGUUUAUCACCUCGAUUCAGCUCAACUCAUCGAGUGGCAGAUUGUUCUAGAGGAACAUUGGAAUACAUAUUUGGACAAUGUGAAGUGGCACUCCAGAAUUUACAGACUGAUUCUGAUUCCAUGGCUUUAUCUUUGAAAUCCCUGGAAGCUGCAGUUGUGAAGCAAGUAGAAGAAAUACAUAAUGAGGUUGAAUUUGAGUGGCUUAGGCAGUUUUGGUUCCAAGGCAAGAGGUAUUUGAAGUGCACUGAUUGGUGGCUUAAGCCUAUGGCUAAAUUGGAAGAAUUUUGGAGAAAAAUGGAGAUUAUGACAAGUCUGGUCCUCGCCGAAGUUAGAAAAGAGCAACAAAUUGAGGAACAAAGGAAUGAAACCAUCAACUGCUUCCUGCUGGUCCUUAAGGAGCGACAAAGGCUACGUAAAGAAUGGACAGUGAGAUGCCAGUCAGAUGCAGCAGAGAGCUUGCCAGAAGACCAGAAACCAGAAUGUCAUCCCUUCUGGACAGAUGAUGAUGAAUGUAAUAUGCCUCUGCCAUAUGAUCUUGAAGAAGUAAUUGCUUAUCUACAAAAUCUUACUCAAUGGAUAACAAGUGACCUUCCAGCCUAGAAUUAUUGAUGCUCAUCAUCUGGGGAGAAGCUUUAUAAUUUAGCAUAAAUCCUUUUCAGCUUUAUGAUUCCUUCAUCGUGUGCUGUUUUAUGUGUCAAUGCAGAUUUCACCAGUCAUCACACAGUACCUUAGUUACUCUCUCAUAAUAAAAAAGACCAGCCCCCAAAUUUACAGAAACUUUUUUUUUUAAGACCUGAGUCCAGAACACCAGCCUUAGUUCUGUCCUCCUCUGCUCUAAUUCCCAUUGACUCUACAGCCCAUGGAUAUCCGUGUUUCGCAGAAGCAGAGAAUGGAUCACGUUGGAAGGGACCACAGUGGAAUCAUCUGAUCCAGCCUCCCCGCUCAGGCUGGGUUGUUCUAGAGCACAAGACACAGGAUUGCAUCCAGACAGUUCUUGAAUAUUUCCAUACUGAUAGACCUUGAUAAUGUUACUUCUCAGUCAUCUCUUCUUGAGGCUGAACAGGCCCAACUCCCUCAGCCGGUGUGUUUUCACAGGUUCCCUUGGUAUCUAAAUUUCAGCUUCCAUGAGUGCCUAGAACUGCCUCUUGUUUGGCAGGUUUGAGCAACACAAAAUGUAUCUCACACUUAAGUUUGGCAAAGCAAACUUAAUGAUUUGGGCAUCCUAAUGAUAGGUGAGGUUGGGGUGAGCCUGCUGGAGAUCUUCAGAACAGCUGUGAAUUCUUCGUCCACUAAGACGGAGGAGCAGGAGAUGGUGGAGAUAGCCCUUUAAGGAGCAGUGGCUCCUUACUAGACCAUUUUUUCAGAUGAGGAACUCUGGAGGAGCAUCGUAACAUAGAUCCCAAGACUUUCUUGCUGUUUUGCAUCAUGGCAGUUGAGUAGUCCUGGGAGAGAUUUACAGUGUGAAUCUACACCUCCUUGGCUCCCUGGAGCUCAGAAUUCAGUUCCUCAGCAUUAUUUUGUGUUGUGAAUUCUGCAUGUUGUGAAUUCUAUUCUGAAGCCAGGUUUCCCAGUGCAUUGCCUGAAGAGCUGAUGGACCUAAAUAAGGCUUUCCAUUUGGGUUGUUGGGUUGAUAUUGGGCAUUCCAGCAUCUAAUGAGAUCUAUGAGAACAAAACCAGAAGACUAUGAGAAAUGAAGCUGUUUGUGAUCUGUUUUGUAGUAACAUGCUAUAAAAAGAACAAUUCUAUGUUGAAUGAUACACAACACUCCUGAAUGAGACAGAGAAUUUUGAUUUGGUUAAAUUGCUAUUUUAACUUGAACUGGUGUACAACUUUGCCACAAAAAGCAGAAUAAAAUCAUUACAGUGAAAAAGCACUCAGGCUCUAUUACCACUACAAAAGAAGCCAGUAAGACUCAGAGGUUGACGUUGCCACCAAGAAAUGAAUAUGCCUCCUGUGUUAAUCUUCUGUUUAAAGUCACUGCUGAAGCCAGGCUCACCCAGAGCACACCAGCAUUCUGAACUGGCAAAGAGCUGUGUGUGCAGAUGAGGCUUGUACUGCCGAAAACUGUACUUUUGACAGUCUAACAUGUGCCAGACCUCCCUGGAGCUAAAGAAGCCGUGCCAGUAAAAAUUCAGUUUUAGUGGUAUGGAACUGUGUCCACACCUAUAAGCUUUUGCCAGAACAAUUAUAUCAAGUAGAGAUUGUACCUCAUAACACUUCUGGCGUAGUUGUGCCAGCAAAUCUAUAGAGACCUGAAUCAAGUGUUUUCAUGGUAGUCCUGGGCUUCUGCAAAAACUGUUAGCCACCCUGUAGAAUGUAAAGACUCUCUGAAGAAUAAUUGAUUAUUUAAAGUAGAUUUGAUUAUAUUAUUACCUUGAUCCACUCAUUUAUCUAUUGUCUCUUGUGCCACAGAUUUCAUAACAUUCGGAAAUACUGUUAUGGGCAUAGCUUUUUCUUUCCUGCACUAGCUAAAGCUGGCUUUACCAGUGGGCAAAUAGCACGUAUUUGGAUUACUGCCACACUAAACACUGUUUACUUUGGAGAUCACUUAGGGAAAAGCUAGCUGAAGAUGUGGGAAUUCUGCUUUUGAAAAAGCAGUUCUCAGAAACAGAUAUUGCUUUGGAAAUGAGCAAUAUGAAUUCAAACAAAUUAAUGAUGUAACACUGUUAACACACUGUUUGAGAGGACUGUUUGUUUAUGCUGUUACUGUAUGAUUACUUUGUGUUUAAUUAAGCACUGCUAAAAACCGUGGGGAUCACAGUAUUGAAAGGAAUCUGACUGCCACAAAGGGUGGACGAGGCACAUUAAUGUUGUAGUUUUUAGCUGAACUGGAGGCAUAGCUAUUAAAAAAUGAUCAGCAAAUAAUUAUUUCCAGCAGCAGUAGAAAAAACCAAACCACUAUUAGGAGACUGCUGGCAGUAAUAAUAGAAUUUUUAAAAAUACACGUUCCCAGGUCUAAAUACACGUUCCCAGGUCUUGCCUAUGCUUGAAGAUUUAAGGUAGUGAAUUAGCUGAACUAGUACUAGUCUCAGUGCAGUCACACAGCACUCAUUUAAGCCAUGGAUGGCAAUGAAAUAGAAAAAUUAACACCUUUGGAAUGAAUAAGACCUAAGAUUCACUGCCAAAAUACCAAUAAUCAAGUGAUUAAACAGGAUUAAUGCUCUGUGUUGCAUUCCAAUCUCACAUCAUCUGAAUCAGUAUAACUUGAUUGAGUUCGGUUGAAAUGCAGAAGUAUGAGAAGAUUUCAUAUCUUCAAAGCCCACGAGUUGAUAGCAAAGACAUGAAUAAGGUUGAUGGAACUAUUUGAAGCACAUAGUAAUGCCAAAGGGUACCCUAAAAGAAGAGCACAGUUAAAGGUAAAUAUAUGUAAAAAACCUGGGACAUUAAGUGUAAAUUAUCUCUGUGUUGGGAUUAUGUACUAGAAGCUGACAAAUACUUUGAGGUUUUCUUUUUAUUCAAAUAGUUAUAAUUUAAGUAAUGUUGCAGUGAUACUUUAGCCAUCCAUUUAUAUUCCAGCAUUAGAUAGCAUAUUUCCAUUUUGGAACUGGAAGACACAGCCUCUAAUGAAAGUUCUCUGUAUAUCAAGUGUUUGCCAAGCCUGGCUGCUCCAGAAGCGUGAGAACCAAGGUCAAGUUUUUUCAAGGAAGAGGUGAGAGCAUAAAUUAACUUCUGACAUUAAAUUCAGUGAUUCUUUUUAAAUGGCGAAGUUCAUGACGUUGCUUACAUUUACUUUUCACCAGCCAUGACUGAAUUAAGGUAAAAUAGUUCACUUGCACGUGUGCACCAGGCUAAAUGGAUUGCAGAAGAUACAGAUCUGUUUGCCUGUCUGCACUUGCCUUUAGACAAUAUUCAUCAAUUUUACAAAAGCUACUGACUAAACAUGGAACCAAUACAAAUUAAAUGCUCGAGGCAAGGGCUUUCUUUUAAAAAUCUGAUACAGAGUUGGUUUUACACUGAUAGAAAGAAAAUGUUGGCAGAAAAUGAAAAACUUUUAUUGUUUCUGUAAUUUGGGGGAUGAAAGAUACAGACUGUUUCUAAGUAUUUGAUAGAAAACUGCUGUGUUAUGCAGUGUAAUUAGAAAUAUUUUUAUAAUGCUUUGUUCAUAUCUCUGUGUAUGAAAAUACUUUAUCCCUUAGGUCCUUUCUUCUGUUGAAAAGGUUAUGUAAAUAAAUAAUAAUCUCAAUACAGUAGAUUUUAAUGGCAUCAUGCUUAUGUUCUAAGCUUUACAGCAGGUUCUGAUUAUACAAAGUGUAAAUAAGAAUGCUAUGAAUAAUCACUGACUGGACACUGUGCAGGAUGAGUAACAUGCACCACAAGAAAUACCCAAAUCAGUUUCUCAGUUGGGUAAAGCAUGCUGUUAAUGAUGGCAAGGUCACAGUCAUUCAUUCACUUAAGUGUUGGACUCAGUGAUCCUUGUGGGUCCCUUCGAACUCAGAAUAUUCUGUGACUCUGAAUCUCCAUCCAGAUGUGGUUUUAGGGUCACUGAUAAUGGUGCAAGAUGCACUAUAAAAUCAUGCUGGACUUCUUUAUGCCGUGGGAGAGAUUCAGGGAUUUCAUUGACAUAAUAGGAAAUAAAGAAAUUCAAAGAUUACUAAAAUCCAUCCUGAAGGGUGACUAAAAUAUUGUAGUGUUUAAGAAUGGACAUUGCUCCUUUCUCAGUUGUUGCAGUGCUGUUCCAUUAAUCCUGUGCCAUGCAGCGCAGUUUGGGCUGUUACAAUGGCUGUUAAACUAGGCCAGGAGCUGAUGUCUAAUCUGGGGUGAGAGGAGGGGAAGAGAGACAAGAUGAGAUGCACAUGAGACCCAAGGGAUGUGCUUUCUCAAGGCCACAACUUUAUUAACUGAACUCAUAUGGGAGUCAUUGAGCUGUAACUUGUACAGUGCAGGUCAGGAUCUCUCCUUUAAUUGUUACCACCUGGUGCAAACUUAAUGUUGGCUCCUUAAACCCCUUCCUGCCCCUGACAGCUGGUCCUCAGCUUUUUUGCUAGGGGCUGACCACUCUGUGCUCACACCAAGGUUACAAAGUUAGGAAAGUGGUUAUUCCACUGUAGUAAUAGGCAUGAGAAACUCUCAUCCCUAGUUUCGUCCUGCACCUCUGUCCUACUGCCCCUCCAUGGACUCCACUCAACAUCUGUUUCUCAUUUGAGAUUCAAGUUUUUGCAGCUCAUCUCCUACCUAUCCUACCAGGAUGGUGAGCUGCCAUGGGGAAGGGUCAGACAAGCAGAACACUGUUUGCAGUGAGGUUCCUCAUCCCAAAAAAGACACCCACUGCACUCCCCACAAGAGAAUGAAAAGUUUAGCACUACACUAACCUGGCAUUAGGGGAGGGGAGCUGCUAGGGAGUGAUGGCUAAACUACCAGCAUUUGAUAUUUGAUGGCUAAACUACCAACAUUUGAUAUUUUGGAGGACUCCCGGUCUGCCUGGUUCUGGCUGUCACCUCACCCCACCUGUAGAGGCUGAGGCAAUCCUGAAUAGGUCCACUGUUCUUUCCUGUCCAGACUGACUCUUCCCCUUCAGUGUGGCUGGGCUUGUAUCUUCGUUUACAUUCAUCUGUCCUCUUCAUCUUAGCCUAAGGGCAUUCAUUGAACAGGAGAAGAUAAUUUACACAGCUGUAAAGAGACUGUAUGCAGAAAGGCUGCAGAACUGGCUGAAUAACAUGUAAAAGCCAAGAAACAACUGAUAAAAUUAUCACAUUAAAAUGCUGAUGUUUGGGCACGAGCACUUCACAUAUGUCAUGAAAACUAUGGUUUAUCUCCUUAUUGCUUUGGAGGUAUUCAUAAUCCAAAAGGAUGUAUUAUGCUAUGGUUUACAUUCUCUUAAUCUUCACUGGUUUUAGAGGGCUUGUCCAUGAUGACUAAGAAUUUGGUCACAAAAGUUGUUCUCCUCCCCCUCUCAUCGAAUAUUUGCUUUCAUGCCAACACAUCUUGGUCUGAUUAGUCCCCUUGAUUACAGGCUAAAGUAAAAAGUCAGGUGUAUAGGAUUCCCAUUAUCCUUUAUUUUGCUGCUUCUAAGAACAGGUCAGAUAGAGUUAUUUCAGUGAAAAUGUGAACAAUCAACUUCUGUUUACCAUUAACCUUCAGUUUUCUUUUCUUAAAAUCAAAUCAGGGCUUGGUAGGCAGUUAUUUUCAUACAUGUCCCUUGAUCAGUGGAACAAUCUGUCAAAGACCAUUAAAGCCUCUAUUAGGUUGAAUUGCAUUCAAAGUUAAGCUAUCCAAUCAUUUGAAGGGCUGUGAUGAUUGUUUUUAAUAUAGUAUACAUUGAUUUCUCUCUCUGAGUAGUAAUGUAACUUUGAAACUAAGCAUAUAUGACUAGGGCAUUUUGCUAUCUGAGAAGCUUUGUUUCUUGUGGAACAGGAAAAAAACAAAUGCAGUGAAAUCACCUCUGUAUUCUCACAAGCCUUUCAUUUUUCCUAGUUCAUUGUAGCCCUCACAUUAUAAUGUAUAUGGAAUGGGAAGAAAUUUUCCAAGGUCCUUUGCUCAAAAUCUUCACUGAAAAAUUUUAAGAUCUAAUUGUGCUAAUAUUUUAGAAGUGGCUCUGCAUCUUAAGAUCUCAGGAUGCUUUACACAGAGAAACUGAGGCAGAGGUCAAAAGUGCAGCAGGGAUCGGACUGCCAGCACCAGAACCGGGUGUUGUGUAACCCUCCAUCGCUGGCACAUCCCCAUCACUUCCAGUUAAUCAGCUCAGUUUACAGAUUAAAGAUGCUCUCACAGAACUUGUUGUCCUCCAAAGUUAUAUCUGAAUGUGGAGCUGUAACCUGACCUACUCAUGUCAUAUUUAGCACAAUAUUUAUUUACAUAACAUAUGAUAAUACAUCUCAUAUAAUAGAGAUCUUUUGUGCCUCCUAAGGUUUGAUUAAACUUUCCAGUGACUCUUUUAGUUAUAGUUCAGGUCCCUGAGCUCUAAAUGGAAAAGGUAAAUUUUACUGGAACUAUAAAACUAUUCCAUGGAGACUGUACAGUAUAUAAUACAAUAUAAUACAAUCCUUGCUCUUUUACCUCUAUUUAAAGUGUGUCCACUGCAUGCCUAACAAGGUGGUAUAACUGCUGUACUAGGAAACUCUCAAGAAAAUACCCCGUGGGUAUUUGUGGUAUUUACCAAGGUGAAGAUGAGUUGCUGGAACAAACUGGAAUGUUGGUUAUGCACUUAUUAGCACUAUUGUCUGGUACCUAUUUGGUAGUCUGGUAAUACUUUACUGAGAGCACUACUUUACUAGUUAUUUUGAUGAACAUCCUAAUAGUAUAUUACCCAAACAUUAUCAAAGCAUUCCACAUUUCUUUCAUUGCUGUUCUUUCUCUUUUAUCAACUGAUGGCCCUCCUUUCCCUUUUGUCUCAGUAUUAACAGUAAUGUUAUUAACAAGUUUUGGUUUUUGUUAGGCUGAUGUGACUUUAAAGUGAGAGAACUUUAGAAUUAUAUAUCAGAUAGCAGUCUCUGAAGUACAUUUAUCUUCAAACAAAUUUAUUUAUUAUUUUUUAUUUGGUACUUCCGCAUGUAAUUUUUAUUAAGGACUAUUUAUAUAACUCUGCAAGAUAUAUGGUGAGAAUAUAAGU